AUGGGUGCCUUUGCAAAACUGAGCAUUGCUCUCGUUGCCAUCUUUGGCGUACUCUUUCAAUUGUACUUGAAAGAUGACAUCGUUAACCUGUUCGCCAUUGGCAGGACAAUCCAGCCUAUCGGUGAUUUCCCUUAUAAAUGUCGACGCAUAAAUAAUCCUCGCUUACAGGCUUGCGAAGACAUGUGGCUUUCUGAGCAGACGCGCCAGUUGUUCAUGGCAUGCUCGGAGCCGCUGGGUCGGGCCGCAUGGAUGCCUGCUGUCAUGCAACUUAACUGGCAGAAUCGAUCGCUCAAUGAUGCUGUGGUUGUUGCCGAUAUUGACAAGCCCGAUGGGGAUUUCUUCAUCACUAGGGUGCUUUCAACCCAGGGCUAUAAAGGCAUCCCGGGCGACAAUGAGCGGCUGUAUCUGCAUGGCAUAGACGGGCUGGAUGGGCAGUCGGAAGAUGGGAAGCCCAGAAUCGCAAUUGCAUUGAUCAACCACAAGGCGUCUGUUGAUGCUGUGACGGGCAAAGUUCUGGACCCUUCUGCUGUCGGAGGCAACUCUACCGUCGAGAUAUUUGAGACAGGUCCCGACGCUACCGAGCUAAGGCAUGUGCGGACGUACGCACAUCCCAACAUCACUGUCCCGAACAGGGCAACUUUUGCUGGAGAGAAUGUUGAUGCUGGCAUAUACGUCACCAACGAGAGCAAGACCAAGGUCGGCUGGCUGGCCAAUAUGAUUUCGAUCCUCCCGCUCGGCACCGUGCAGUUUUGUGAUGCGACAGGCUGCGAAGAAAUCUCGAGCGGCAUCCGGUUUCCCAAUGGCCUCUAUCGUGCUCGUGACGGACUCCUCUAUGUGCCUUCGUCUGGUUCCUCUACCAUUCGUGUUUAUCGCCAUGUCCCCGAGGCGAGCAAUAACGAAGGUCGAAGACACCCGGUUGAGGAGGUUGGCUUCAUGAACAUAGGAUACAGCAUCGAUAACAUCUCGGAAGAUGCCGAAGGCAACCUGUUCGUUGCAGCCUUCCCCAAAGUAACCGAAAUUCUCAAAUUUGGCGAUGACCCCAUGAAUAAAUGGAGCACAGCUACGAUUUUCCGCAUCCACAAGACCCAGGAGGCCGACGGGAAGCUGAGCUUCACCUUUGAGAAGUUGAUCGAGGAUAGAGACAAAGAGGUCCUGCCCGGUGCAACCACAGCUGUGCGCGAUGCCAAGACUGGCCGCCUAUUCCUAGGAGGCGUCACAACACCCUUUAUCACUGUCUGCGAUCCCGAAAUAAACCAUCACAUAUAA